AUGCAAAUAUCAUCAGUAUUAACACCAACAACCGGUGGUGAUGUUAUAAUAUGGAAUGGUGCAACAUUAAUAUAUGAUGAAUUUUGUUAUAGAGCUCCUUGUUCAGUCGAAUAUUCACCAUUUGGUAAAUGUAAUGAUCACCUUGGUAAUUGUAUUUGUAAUAAUAUUGCAAUUGGAUUAAAUAGUGAUUAUAAUAGUGAAGAAGAGGAAGAGGAAGAAGAGGAAGAAAAACAACAAGAUGAAGAUUCAUCAAGUGAAGAAUCAAGAUAA